AUGACUCAGCGCGUCCAAGUUCUUGUAGAUCCGCUGGGCGCCAACAAACGCGCGGCGGUGGCCGGUCCAGAGCAGGAGAAGUUAGACAAUGCCCGUCGCAACGAACAGUUUCACAAACAAGCUGCUCUCCACGCGAGACAGGACCGACGCUUUGCCACUCAAGAGAACGAUUCCCUCCGGCUUCAACUUGCAGCUGUUCAGCAGAAUUUUCAAGCUAGCGAGGACAAGCACCGUCGUUUACAUCAACUGAUUGACGAAGGCCGACGCAAGAUGGAGGAGAUGCAUCGUGACGGAGCAAACCUGCAAGAUCUGAUUGUACAGGAUCAGGAUGACUUGGGGAAGAUGGCGCAGCAAGUAGCCCAAGCACGGGAAUUGCAGCAUGAGCGCGAUGCCGAACUUGCCGCACUUUGCGCUCAAGUCCAAGCCCAGGAUGACGAGGUGGAGCACCUGCGUCAGAGAGUCAGACAGUCUGCGGCCAAGAAGGCGAGCAGUCCGAUACCAAAACGCCGGGGCCGCGUUAGUACGGAGCUCUUCAACCCAGGACGUCCAUGUCUGAUCGAACUGCCACUCGAUCCUUCGCCUAUCCCAAAUCGCACCCAUGCAGAGCCGUCGCAGCCAGCUAUGAACCCGGCUAUCACGCGCUUCGCAGACGCGUUGAACAUGGAUCCUGACGUUUUGUCCGAGUUCAUGGCAGCCAUGCAGCUACUGAACCCUGAAAAUUCGCGCGUAACGAUCGGUGGAGGGAAGCGCAGAGGCGGGGAGAAGCACAACAAUCGAAAGUCAGAAGAGAAAGCAGCUGUUGCCCCAAACACGGCCGAGCUGGUGAACAAGGCACAUGCGAUGAUGCGGAAGACGACGUAUGAGAUGUUCGGUUACGAAGUGGCCACAGACUUCAUCUUCCACGUUCCCGCUACUGAGGAGGAAGUCGAAGCCUUUGCCGAAGAUCCCUCGGCCAACAUCACAAAAUGGCAGUUUGACUUCAGCGAGGGCUAUACCGGCUCGGCCUGGAACGUGGCGCAAAUGGAACGUCUUGUUGCCGAGGCCGAGAAGAACGAUAAUCGCGACCAGAGAUAUCUGCAAAAGGGUCUCAUCAAGCGCGAGUUCCUUGAGUAUGUUGUGGCUGAGCAGCUCACUAGAUAUCGCGCCGAAUGGAAUCAGUUACAACCGAAGUGGGAUGUGGAGAAGGAUCGUAUGGAGACCACGGCAGAAGCGAUGGCCCGCGGCCAGGCGAUCUUGAGGUACCGCCGAUUGUCGUCCAAGACGAUAAACGCUCAACAUGAUAAAUAUAAUCACCGCCUCAGCACUAUCAAGGCGACGAUCGCUCUGAAGGAAGAGGACGAUGCGAACAAUCUUCCUACUUGGGAGAGGAUGCUGGAACUCUUGAAAUUGCUUGGUCCGAGCGGCAUGUCUGAGGAAGAAGAAGCGGCCGCUACGCACAAAGGAGGAGCGAAGAUGAGAGCGUACAAAAUCAAGCUGUGUGUAUGGCGGGUGCCCGUCAUCGUCGACUACAUGCGAAUGGUGGACGCUCAGACGGGGCACUUCCAAACGCUGCAAACAGGCACGAAGCCUGCUCCCCGCAUUCGAAGCCAAGACCACGGAUCCCGCUCUAUCCCCAAGGGACUGCCGGAGGCUCUGUACAACAAGAGCUGGCUCAAGUCGCUCUCCACGAAGGAGCUCAAGGAGGUGAAGGUGUCGAAGCAGGCUUUCGCGUUGUUCGUUGCAGCAACCGAGCGCAUGAGAUUGUAG